AGAAUGUCGCGACCAGUCAAAGACAUGCAUAGAGCUAGAUAUUUGUAAAAGAUAAAUGAACAAUAAUAAUCUACAAUGAUUCAUGAAAAUAUGUUAAAUGUAUUUCUAAUUUUGCGUUAGUGCAAUGGGAAUGUAUACAUAACUGAUACACCCACUGAAAAAAAUAAAAAAAAUGAAAGAAAAUUGUACAAAUUAUCCAGAUUCCGAAAUCCUCCGCCCCUUAUCGUUAAGGAAGGCUCUGAUUGGUCGUGAGUGGAGAGCUCCAGCUGGGAUUGGUCGCUAUUGUAUAGUUUAAAUUAAGGCCCGCCUCCCCAGUCGAGUGUCAGAUUUCACUGUUUUCUCCGCAGCUGAACUUCAUCACAAAGUCCUCCAUUAUCAUUAUCAUUAUCAACAGCACUGUGUUCGACUGUGUUUGCUUUAUUCUAUCGGCUUUUUAAAAUAGUUUAUCUGGAGGUUGAAAAACACUUCAUAAGUGUUGUUUUAAUAAAAGUAUUACAGACUACUACCGGUGCGCCAUGGCAGACCAAGCCGAGCACGGAGCGCCUCCCCCGGCCGCCGCCCGGCCCAGGAGACCCGCUCACAACACCAACCCCAACCUACGACGGAGAAGUCGACAAAGUCAACCGAAACGGGCGUCUAAUCGGGUGCUCUUAGAGAAGGUGUUGGGCAUCACCUUGGCCAAUGGCAGCAGUCUGGCGUGUGACCCCUCCUCCGGUCUGGUGGCCUACCCUGCUGGAUGCGUCAUCGUGCUCCUUCAUCCUGCGAAGAACAAACAGAGUCACAUCAUCAACUCAUGCAGGAAGACGGUGUCAUCGUUGGCCUUCUCUCCGGAUGGGAAGUACCUGGUGUCCGGUGAGAGUGGCCACAUGCCGUGUGUGCGCGUGUGGGACGUGUGUGAGCGCUCCCAGCUGGCGGAGGUCCAGAGCCACAAGUAUGGCGUGGCCUGCGUGGCCUUCUCCCCAAGCUCAGCCUACAUCGUCUCCGUCGGUUACCAGCACGACAUGACCGUCAGCGUGUGGGAGUGGAAGAAGGGCACGGUGAUAGCCUCUAACAAGGUGUCCAGUGGUGUGGCGGCCGUUUCCUUCUCUGAGGACAGCAGCUCCUUCGUCACCGCGGGGAAACGACACGUCAAGUUCUGGAACCUGGACGCCUCCAGAGAACGCAGGGUGAACAGCACGGUGCCCCUGAUUGGGCGGUCCGGGCUCCUGGGGGACUUCAAGGGCAGCGUGUUCUGCGGCGUGGCGUGCGGGCGGGGCGCGGCGGCGGACAACACGUACGCCGUCACCAGCGGGGGGCUGCUCUGUCUGUUCAACAAGAGCCGUGACCUGGAGGCAUGGGUGCACCUCAAGACGGCGUCGGCGCGCUGCCUGGCGGUCUCUGAGUCCUUCGUGUUCUGCGGCUGCUCUGACGGGACGGUGCGCGUCUUCAGCCCCCUCAACCUGCAGUUCAUCUCCAGCCUGCCCCGCCCCCACCGGCUGGGGGUCCAGCUCCAGUACCAGGGGACGGAGUCCCCUGAUUGGCCCAGCCAGCCGGUGUACCCGGACACCGCGGGGCUGACCUUUGACCCCCGGGCGGGUCAGCUGACCUGUGUGUAUAACGACCACAGUGUGUACGUGUGGGACGUGCAGAACAUCCUCAACCCUACCAAGAUGUACUCGGCGCUGUACCACAGCGGCUGUGUCUGGAGCGCAGAGGUGUAUCCUGAGGUAGAGGGAGGCCUGCUUCCCGCCUCGUCCUUCCUCACCUGUUCCUCCGACAACACCAUCAGGGUGUGGCUCCCGGACGGGCCCCCAGGGCCGGCCCCCGACCCUCGAACUGGGGGGGCCCCGGGCCCCGCAAACCGCUACAGCAAGGACUUGGUGCGGGUGGUGUAUGUGGGAGACGACACUCAGCACCUGCAGGACGCCGCCGGGGCUGAUGGGAAAUCAGGCGUCCGGGUCCUCGGAGUCAGCCCUGAUGGACGCCACAUCGCCGCCGGCGACCGCAACGGAAACCUGCGUGUGUUUGGUGGGCGGACCCUGGAGGAGCUGGUGCAGAUCGAGGCUCACGACUCGGAGGUGUUGUGUUUGGAGUUCUCACCUGCUGAUACAGACUUGGUGUCUCCAGGUGUGAAGCUUCUGGCCUCGGCCAGCAGAGACCGUCUGAUCCACAUCUUCAACCUGGAGAACAACUUUAGCCUGCAGCAAAGCCUCUACGACCACUCGGGUUCCAUCACCGCCAUCAAGUUCACUGGUCCUACUUCCUGCGCUCCCAGUGCAGCGGUCAGCCUGGUGAGCUGUGGAGCCGAUAAGAGCAUCUACUUCCGCCGGGCGCAGCAGACGGCGGAGGGCGUGGUGUUCUCCAGGAGCCACCACGUGGUGGAGAAGACCACGCUGUACGACAUGGACCUGGACCCGUCCCGGCGCCACGCCGCCGUCGCCUGCCAGGACCGCAACAUCCGGGUCUACGAGGUGGAGACGGGGAAGCUCCAGAGGUGUCUGAAGGGGUUCUCGAGUGACGAUGGAGCCGUUCUGAAGGUGCAGGUGGAUCCGUCCGGCUGCUACCUGGCCACCAGCGGCUCUGACCGCAGCAUCUCCAUCCUGGACUACGAGACCGGGGAGACGGUGGUGACACUGUUCGGACACUCGGAGAUCGUCACCAGUAUGAAGUUCACCCUGGACUGCCGGUACCUGGUCACCGUGUCUGGGGACAGCUGUGUGUUCCUGUGGCGCCUGGACUCCCAGAUGACCACCACCAUGAAGAAGACACUGGCCCGGCGGAGGCUGGAGGCGGGGCUUAUCGUCGACAACAGACCAACCAGCAAGCAGCUCUCCAUCAGGAGGGAGACCUUCGUCGCUCUACCUGCAGGCAAGCUUCCUCUUCCUCCCACCCUGGAGGAGGACCCAGAGGCUCCUCCUGAGACCCCCGCCCGCCUGCUGCCCCCAGAGGAGUCGCUGCUCCUUGAGACCAACGGCAAGCUGCCCAUGUGGUUCCGCAAGCUGGAGGGCGGGACGGGCCUCCAGGUACCUGUGGUCCCACGCGGUCGCUGGGCUCAGCAGGCCUGCCCCCUCACUAUCUACAGCCCCCCCGCCGCAAGCCACGCCUCCCCUGACCUGGGGGAGGAGCCGGGGGAGGAGCAGGACGAGGAGGGCCUCUUCCACCCCCAGAGUUUGGACAGCCUGCUGGGCGGCUUGGAGGAGGAGGCUGCUGAGGAGCCCUCUGAGCCGAUUGGCUGUGCAGGCACUGACAUCAUGAACCAAACCUUUGUUUCAACUUCAACCUUUACGGCAGAAGGGGACUUCGAGGUGCAGGCGGCAGAGCAGCGUGGGGUUCGUCAGGGGGCGGAGCCAGGGGCAGAGCUGAGCCAGGACUCCGCCUACUGCGACGGAUCAGCCGGAUACCAGCAGGACGACACAGACUCCCUGAGCCAGGCCAGCUCCCUGGGGAGCUCAGGGGUGGAGGAGGAGGAGGUGGAGGAGAACCCCGGCCUGAUGAAGACCCACUUUGACACGCUGGCCACGCCCACAGAGCGUUUCGACACUGACCUGCGGGCGCUGCAGGUGCAGGAGCGGCCGUUCCUCAACCCCCGCCUCAGCAUCUCCACGCGCUUCCUGUCGCGCUUCCAGGACCGCCUCCGACUCGGCCCCCCGCACUCCCUCCCUCCCCCCAUCUCUGAGGAGCCCUGUCGAAAGGUGACCCGGCCCCUGAGCUCUGCCGAGGAGACCCCGUCGAACCCCCGGAGAGGAGCUCUGGGAUUGGCCCGACAGCCUGUCACUCUAGUGAGGGUGUUGAGGGCCCUCCCGGACUUCAGGCGAAGACGGACCGGCCUGCUGCCCCAUCAGCCCCUGCUCCCCAACCGGUCGCUACAGCGACGCAAAACCCUGGCGGUCAUCUACUGCCGAGGAGGGCUGGGAGAGCUCCCAGACAGGACCCUGUCCACCAGUCUGCCCAGCGAGGGCGCCCCCCCCGCCCUCCCCCCUGCCCCCUCCUCCCCCUUGGAGGAGGAGCUGCAGACUCCCCUCCCCUCCUCUGUACGCGACCCCCCCGCUCCCGGCCCCUCCCCCCAGAGGACCCCGUGUCUUGUAGCCGCGGCGUUGCCGCGCCAACGGGCUGUCCUGAUCGACAGCGAGGCUCAGAGCAGCGUCUCAGGAGGUCAGGGGGCGGCGGCAUCAGCUGACCCCUCCCCGGCCCAGUCCUCCUCCCCCAGGGGGGGUGCCAGCCUACAGGAGGUCCUCUGCGCUCCAGCUGAAGGCCUGGAGCCCUUCAGCCCGGAGCCCCUCAGCCUGGAGCCUCCCCCCAGCCUGGAAACUCCCCCCAGCCUGGAGCCCAUCAGCCUGGAGCCUCCCCCCAGCCUGGAACCUCUCAGCCUGGAGCCUCCCAGCCUGGAGCCCCCGACCCUUGAGCCCCCCAGCCUGGAGCUCUGUCAGCAGGCUGCUCAGGAGUUGCGGCAGGCGGUGCAGCGGGCGCUGAACCUGCAGCGGCAGGUGGCCGGCGUGUGUGCGUCCGAGCGGCGUGUCGCCAUGGCGACUGUCCUCGAGGAUGCGCUGGUCUCCGCCCACAACGACCUCGGCGCCGUCUGCUUGUCUGACAGGAAGUGCAGCCCUGACUCCGCCCCUCCGCGACCGGAGGCUGACGAUAGGACGAUGGAGCUGCUGGAGAGAUACUCUGACCUUCUGCUGAACAUGACCCUUGGCAAAGUGGAGCAGCAAAGCAUCAUGGGAGUCGUGGACAACCCUGGGUCGCAUUAGCAGCAAAGCAUCAUGGGAGAUGUUGACUCCCCUUGCUCGCAGCAAAGCAUCAUGGGAGAUGUUGACUCCCCUUGCUCGCAGCAAAGCAUCAUGGGAUAUGUUGACUUCCCUUGCUCGCAGCAAAGCAUCAUGGGAGAUGUCAACGUUCCUCGUCUUCAUGUAAAUGUUUUGUAUAAAGGUUUUAUAUUUAAGUAUUUAAUUAGAGUUUUGUGCAAAUAUCUGAAUUUUCCAAUGUUAUGGAUCAUUUUUAUACUUUUGGGAGAAAUGGAAAACAGGUUUUCAGUUGUCCCCAUAGCAACACGUCCUAUUAUGGGAUGUGCUGUGCGGUCAGCUCUGGACACGCCUCGAAAGUCAGUCAAUAUUAAAGUUUAAAAGUUUCAGCUUUGCUCUGAGUCGUGAAUAAAAGCAGCGUUCGAAUGA